AUGAUGAAAGUGUUGUGGAAGUGGAAUCCACAGACUGGAAGACAUGAUUGCACAUUCACGGGAAGCCAAGAUACUUUGCCUAUAAGUGGACUUCCUCCCUCCAUUUUUUAUAACACGUUACCAGCACGAAUAUCUCCUAAAUACCAGCUGAGUUCUUCUAAUCAACACCAGAACAGACCACCUUGCAAAAACUCAAGCAGAGGCUUGGUGGGAUUUUCUUUUGUUUUCCCAGAUAACCCACUUCACAAAUUCAAGAACCAGACUUGGUUCACAAAACUUCUCAUGGGUCUUCAGUUCUUCUCCACCUUCCAGUGGGCCCUGAGCAUAAUUCAAGCUUCUCAUACUACCACUACUACUUCACUCAACCAGUCAAAAUUGAAGCCAACCCAUUUGAGGAAACAAACACCCACUACUUCACCAUCAGCUGCAACUCCCACUAAGCACAAGUAUCCGGCAGCUGCUCCCACUCCAGAUUUGGACAGCCCACCUGCGCCUCCGGCUGAGGCUCCUGGAGUAGCGAGCCUCGAGGCUUCAACCCCUGGUCCUUCUGUAGCUGAUGAUCAGCAAGCACGGCGCCGAUUCCGCCAAUAA